AUGGCGUCGUCGCCUCCCUCUGAUGAAUCUGAUCCGUGGGUCAUCCUCCGCACCGUGCUGCGCGUCCACACCUGGGACCGCGACCUCUUCUUCGAGCUCGUCGACCCGCCGCGCCUCAGCUUCCUCACCGUCUCCACCCGCGUCUCCCCCGCGCGCCCGCCCCCGCUCGCGCGGCGGGGCACCAGCAGCGUCAUCAGGCACCCCCGCAUCCUCUCCGCCGACCUCUCCGCCAGCCUCUUCCUCACCGUCACGCCGACGCCGCAGCCGACCGCGUCCAGUUCCAGCGCCAGCACCAGCGCCGCAACGGACAUCUGCUGCUUCGUCCUCGACGCCGCCUCUUGCACGUCCCACCGCAUCCCCGACCCCGCCCCCGGCUUCGCUAGGUUCGGCGUCAUCGCCGCGCCGGACGGCGCCAGCUUCAUGGUCGUCGGCCUCCGGUGCUCGAUCGGCAACGACAGGGCCUCGCUGCACUGCUUCUCGUCCCGGACUGGCGUCUGGGUCACCAAGGACGUCAACAACCCGCGCCCGCACCGCACCUGGACCUUCAGCGACGUCAUCGCCCACGACGGCAAGCUCUGGUGGGUCGACACCACCACCAAGGGGCUCCUCUACUGCGACCCCUUCGCCGACCAACCGAGCAUGUCCUUCGUCCCCUUCCCGAACCACGUCACCGCCGUUGAAGCCAGAGCCAAAGCCUCAGCCUACGACUACGUGCAGGUCGCCGACGGCACGCUCCGCUGGGUCCAUGUGUUAUGUGAUCUUGACGAGACGGAGGACGGGGCUCCGAUCCUGAAUGGCGCGCCCCUCCUCUCCAUCUAUGCGGUCCUUGGUGGGGACGACGACGGCUACCGGUUGGAUUUCGAGCUGCUCCCGCACUGGCGCGGUGAUUUCUCCUUCUGCUUCAUCUGGGAGUCCGACACCUUCAAGGCGGCUGAGAUGCCCAAGUACGAACAACCCGUGCUCGCGCUCAUCGACCCCAACGACACCGACCUCCUCUACUUCUUCCUCGGCGACUACCUCUUCGGCUUCGACAUCUGGAAGCAUGUGGUGCUGGGGUACGCACCGCACGGUAUGGACGAUACCGACGUCUCUUCGUCCUCCCUUCUCGCUUGGAAGCUGCCGCCCGCGCUCGCCGCACCCGCAGCCCGCAGGUAUUGUAUUGAUCUAUUCUAA